AUAAAAAGGUGUCAAAAACCCCAAAACCAGAAGUGGCUCUCUCAAUUCAAUUCACACUCUGAAAUGGAGCUCUUCAAACUUCAAGCUAUGCCCUUUUCGAAGCUUCCGAGCUCCCUAUUGUCUUCCUCACACUCUCCUCUUCUCCUUACCCCCUCUCUACCUCUCUUACCUCGUUCAAUCUGCAUGAGAAAUGUGUUGGUAAGGUCAACGACAUCUGAAGAAACAUCGAGUGGGUCGAGUUCAUUUUUCAAUGAGAAACGUGACGGUGCCAUUUACGCUGAGGUUGUCGAACCAGAAGAUGAUAAGAAGAAUUCGUUUAAUGGAACCGAUGGCAAAGAGAAAGAGUUUCCUGUGGAGGACGAACAGCAAGGCCUCUCUUUGGAUUUUCUUGAUAAGCUCGAUCUUAAGUUUGACACAGAUGAUACUGGUUCCCUUGUCGUGUAUGGUGGUGCUGCUGUAGUUGCCCUGUGGUUAACAUCAGCCAUUGUUGGUGCUAUUGAUUCUAUUCCUUUGUUUCCCAAGGUUUUGGAAGUUAUAGGUCUUGGUUACACAGUAUGGUUCACUUCCCGUUAUCUGCUUUUCAAGAAAAACAGGGAUGAGUUUGUUGCUAAACUUGAGGAGCUCAGGGAACAAGUUCUUGGUUCAGACGACAAGUGAAUUAUUCUGAGAAAAGGAUGAAUCAAGGAAAAAGAAGAGUGCUAUGGUUAAAUGUGCAGUUACAUUUUGCUCUAGUUGACACCAAUGUAUUGAUUCUUCGCCACUUUCCCAUAGCUCGUACAGCUACACAGCAAAGAAAAAUGUAUAUUUAGUUUUUGAUUGAGAAGUAUAAUAUCUGAUUCUGCACCCGCA